AUCAAAGCUUUUACACUAAGUAAUAUUAAGUAACAAGCUCAGAGAAAUACUCGCCUCGCAUUCACGUCUCAGACUACAAGGUUAAGUAUGUGACCAACUAAACUUUGGGUUUUUUAAGCGCAAGUACAGUAACUGCUUCUGUCUUUUUCUGUUAUGGGAGAGGAGACAGAAAGCCCAGCAAACAUUCGCGACUUUGCAGUUGUCACUUUAAAGAUGGGCGAAAAGAAAAUAUGCCAACCAUCAGCGACAGAAACAGGCACAAGCUGUUUGAUAGUUUAGACUUGCUGCCCAGGUACAGGACCAACACCUCCCUGUACACCUAUCCCCAAGAAAAAACGGAAAGUGUCUGCCGAGCCCACAAAAUUACCAACCGUAGCAUCUGUGCUCGAGGAGAUCAAAGAGAACUCUGAACCAUGUUCCACUGAAUGCUCAGAACAGGAAAAGACAGGUUCUAAAGAAGCUCUGCUGUCAAUAGAGCUUGACAUGACUUCAACAGAACUCUCUAAACACAAGGAAAUGUCAAGUUACUAUAGUGCACACUACUCUGCUAAGAACUUGAGCCCUGAGGUGAUACGUAUGGAGACAGGUCUACCCACAAAGGAUGUUAUUGAUAUUGUUGGGAGAUAUGUUUCAAGAUUCAAGGGUGAAAUAAACUAUUAUGCUGGAUGGAAGGUUCAGGCGAUCACACUCGAGGACCAGAUAUUUAUCACUGAUGAAACUGAAACAAAAUUAUACCAAUCUACAUUUAGCUAAGUUGUUUUCAUGCAGUGCUGCAACUAUAGCUAACACAGUACUAACUUUUGUCCAUGUUCUGCAUUCUCUCCUGUUCAAAGACAUCAUGACAACUGUGCCAUCUAGAGAAAAGAACAAGCUGUGUUUGCCAUCCUCUUUUGCUGAGUACAGCAGUUGCCAGAUUGUGAUUGACUGUACAGACAUUGAAAUUGCUGCACCUAAGCUCAUGUCCCAGCAGAAUGCUACAUGUUCCACCUACAGGGGAAUGAACUCUUUCAAAGUCAUUACAGGGGUUGCCCCAAAUGAAGUUAUAACUUAUGUUACUGAUCUUUUUCCUGGCUCAGUCAGUGUCAAUGUCAUGGUUAAAGAGUCUGGAUUUCGUAAACAUUUGAGUGCUGGUGAUCUUGUUCUGACAGACAAAGGUUUUAUCAUCAGUGAUGUAGUUCCAAGAGGUGUUUCAGUGAACAUACCACCAUUUCUCAACAAUGGAAAGUUUACAGAGAGUGAGGCAAGGGCGACAAAAUCAAUAGCUCGAUGUCGCAUCCACGUAGAGUGUGCAAAUGCAAGACUUAACAGUUUUCGCAUUUUUGAGGUGCCAUGCUGACAAGCUAUGCCAACUGUGCUCAGCUCUUGUCAAUUUGCAGUACCCAUUGAUCAAGGAUGGCUGCAAAGACUUUGAAUUUGACUGAAUAGAACU